CGUCCCAGCCCCUGCGAGGAAGCGGCACGGCUUCCUGCGGCCCCGGCUGGGGAUAUAGGCGCCCCCGCCCGGACCCGGCUCCGUGCCGCCGCCCCUCUUCGCCUGCUCGCCGCGCGAUGGCCUCGCUCCGGGCGGAGCGCACCCCCGGCGGCCCGCGGCUCCCUUCGACCCGCGCCGGGCGACCGGCAGUGCUCCGCCUCCUCCUCCUGCUGGGCGCUGUCCUGAAGCCCCAGGAGUCCCUGGCUCAGCUUCUUCUCACCCCAGGCAGCUUGGAGUCAGAAGGGAAAACGGUGGAGAACUAUGAGACAAAUGUCCAACUUUGCUGGCAGGAAUAUAAGGUUUAUAUGGACUCUAUCCAAAAAGAUUGGUGUGACUGGGCCAUGAUUAGCAGGCCUUAUAGCAUCCUUCAAUAUUGCUUGGAACAGACUGCAGAAGGUUUUGGCCUGGGCUUCCCCAAUCCCUGGGCAGAACGGAUCAUCUUUGAGACUCAUCAAAUCCACUUUGCCAACUGCUCCCUAGUGCAGCCCACCUUUUCAGACCCCCCAGAGGAUGUCCUCCUGGCCAUGAUUAUAGCCCCCAUCUGCCUCAUUCCCUUCCUUGUUACCCUUGUGGUGUGGAGGAGUAAAGACAGUGAAGCCCAGGCCUAGGGUGGCAUGAGCUUCUCAGCAGCCAUCUUACUCCUUUCCCACCACCACCAGCUCUCGCUCCUCCCCUCCCUACCUCUUUCUCUACUUCCAUCCCCACCACAGAUCCCCGGAUUAGUGGAAAUGGAAACUGGGUGGGAUCAUGGGACAAAUUCUGUAAUCUUCAAAAUAAAACUUUUUUUUGUAUACUGUC